AUGGCGUCACAACGCCCCGCUCGUGCUACUCACAGCUCAACUACAACGAUCCGGGGAGAGUCGAAUCCCUACCUGCCUCUUGCGACCAACGAAGACGUCACAAGCAACGGAAUUCGACUCAUGAACGAGGUCCCUAACCCACUUGACUGCACGCCAAGCAAGUCUUUCCUCGAACGUGUCGAACACAGUCAGCAUCUCCUUCUCGUCGCCAGCUUCUUGGCAGCUAUCAGUGGAGCUUUCGCUCUGUGGGCAGCCUCGCUGCUAUGGUUCAGCUUCGGCAACAUCACUGGAGGUAUCAUCUCGAUCGUGGCCAAUUGUCCGUCGGGCAAAGCCUGCGCGGUCGGUGCAAUUCAAUUCACCAUGGGCGUCAUCGGAGCUAUCGCUGGUGUCGUUGGAGUCACCUAUCAUCCUUUCAAGCGCGAUUCCUCCGGUACUGCUGUGUACCACCUCUAUGAAGAUUCCAGGUGGUCUGCCCGCCGCCUCAAGCGAAACGAAGACCUCGUUGCGACACUGCGCCAACACGAUGCUGCCGAUCCUGCAAGGAUUGUAUUUCACCGUCGAGAUGGAAGCAGCACGCACGUUGUUGGCGGAAACACUGGGUACGCCGCCGCCAUUCACGACGAUGACACGGGCACCUACGCAAACGUGGCUCACUCGAAGGGCGACACCAACGAAUGGGCCUCACUGGCUUUCGACCAACUACAGCAGGCCGGCGCCGACUCCCUUUGCAUGGGCAUGAUCGAUCCUGACAACGGCGAGGACGUCGCGGUGGUUCGGCUGCAGCCUGCAACCAACGGCGAUUAUGGAGGACUCGACACUGACGCGUUCAACGGGCACGGGUUCCGAAAGAGAGACUCCCAGAGGUCGACGGGGAUCAUCUGCCAAGAAGUAUGCACCGUAGUCUCUGGACCGAAAGCUGCUUGCCUCAAUGCGGAAGGCGGCUGCUCUUACGUGAAUGGAGGUUGCAACCCCAAUCUUGACCAACCAGCGCGAGCUUGCGAUGGCGUCAUCUGCGGUGAAGAGCGUCAAUGCGAUUGA